UCCUGGGGUGGGUCGCGCGCGCUGGGCGGAAGCGGCGCCUGGAUUCAAAGUGUCGGUUGGCGGAAGCUGCUUCCGGGCUGGGGCCGUGUUCGCGUGAGAGCGGGUGGGGCGAGGGCUGUGGAUGAGGGGCUGGCUUCUCGUGUGACUGGGAUGCUGCCACCUGCGAAGCAGCAGCCCUGUGCCCGGAGCAUGGCGGUGGGACAGCCUGUAGGGAACAAAGCGAGGUGUCUGUGGAUGGCAGUGAAUCAGGCAGUACUGGCUGAGAGGAACCAGAGUGUGGCCCCUGUGGGGGUUUGGGUGGAGAGCGCCCAGGCUGGUGGCAAAUGGGAGGAGAGCAUUGCUUUUGCUUCAGCGUUUCAGGUUGAAGAGGAGCUAAAGGAGCAGCAAAAGGAAAAGGAAGAAAAUCUGAAACGCUUCCAGGGGGAAGUGAAGCAGAGGGUGAAUCAGCAAAUCAAGAUGAGGAGAAAGCAGCAGCUCCAGAAAUCCUGUGAAGCGGCAGAAAAAGAAAGCUCUGUUGUGAUGCGAUGUUCAGAGUCUGCACUGCACUUGACCCCUAAGAGGAAUACAUGUGUGUAUCGAAGUAAUGCAGCAUCUGCCAUCUGCAGUUCUGGUACCAACUUGAUCCCUGUGCAGCAGCUUCGUGCCAGUUCGGAGGAAGAGGGAAGAGAGAAGCAAAGCCAGUUAUUCUAUCAACAAGCCAACACACUUAGCAAAACUAUGAAACAGGUCCGUUGCCGGCUAGCAUCCUGCAGAACAGUGCCCAAAGGAGCAGGCCCACCCGAACUACCAGGAGGCAUCUGGGGUGUCAGCCCAACCAGAAACAAACUAGUGUCUCGCAGGCCAACCUCAGUGCAUGGAGAAGAGUGUGAGGAGUUUCCUCUGGCAGGACAUCAUGACCUUCCCGCUGAACUACAAGACCAGGCAACAACCAAAAAUCAGGCUGAGCAGGGUGAUGACAACUUGUACUACAAACUAGAAUUUGGAAAACUUUAUAAUGGAUUAAUGAACGCGUCAGACCCUGCUGGCCCGUCUUCAGGAUUGAGCACUGAUUUCCAAGCUCCCCUUGUACUUUGGCCUGGAAUAGACAAAGAAGAAACCAAGAAACAGCGUCAAAAUCAGUACCUGAGAUACAGACGUCUCUUCAUGGAUAUCGAGAGAGAACAAGUAAAGGAACAGCAAAGGCAGAAAGAGCGGCAGAAGAAAAUUGCAAAAAUUAAGAGUGAGAAGGAGCACCAGCGUCGUGCAGAGGAGCAGAGGAUCCAGGAGAUGGCCUACCAGCAAGACACCUGUUCUGGGGAGAAAGCAUGUGAAGUACUGGCUCAACUCAGACUGGAGGAGAGAAGAGUGAGGAAGAGUAAGGAAAAGCAACAGAGAAAUAAGGAAUACAUGAGAUACAUGGAAGCUUUAAGAGCUCAGAUGAGGGAGAAGAUAAAACUUUAUAACAUUGACUUGCCUCCAUUGUGCUGCUGUGGGUCUGAUUUCUGGGACUCUCAUCCUGAUACCUGUGCCAACAACUGCAUGUUCUACAAAAACCACAAAGGUUCAAGGUUCUCUGUUUGCCCUGUACCCACUAAUACAUCUCAGACACCUGCAAUGGUGUUGGGAGCAUUUCCCGACUCCUACCAAGUGCUGCUUGUGGCCUACAGAAAGGGCCCUGAACAUCUGAGCUGGCUGCUUAUGCUCGAGCGUUGCAGUCGGUCAUCUCAUCAUGUGACAUUUCGGAUGGGAAUUCAACCACACGACUUGCAAUCCAUAACUUAGCGUCAGUACGUGCAACUUCUGUGAAGAAUCCAUGAAAGGUCGGCCUGGAAUCAGCUUUUACGAAUGUUCAGCAGACAGCUGGCGUGUGCACAGGAUAGACAAUUGUUCCCCGGAGCAGUUUGCUGUCCCAGAGCAUUCACUCUCUUCUUCAUUUGUUAGCCCUUAUCCAGAGAGACACUAGGUUUGUUUUGAUUAAUACUCACAUUCAGGGUUAAAUUGUACCUCUAACUCCUUUCAUCAUGUGUGAUCCAUAUACACUAUGGAAGGCGAGUACUCCAAAGGCCCAGAAUUAGCCCUGCUGCUACCACUGAUCAGUAAUGCAGGGAUCUAAUGUAAAGGGAUACCAUGGGAUGGUUAAAAUGGAUGAGGGAUUUUUGUUUGAAGCAUAAAUCCAAUUUUCUAUCUAUUCAACAGAUGAAUAAACUCUU